GUACCGGAUGUUGGCGUUGUUUUAUUUAUUUUUUCCCCUUGCGGUACGACUGAAUGUGUUCUCGCGAUAUCUGGUUUACAAACGUAAAUUGUCACAUGUUUGCGGAGUGUAUGUGUAAGCUAAUUUUUUUGCACAAGGUUCACAGCAGAUACCCACGUGCGAUGCGUGGUCCUCUACGAUGGGUGCUGUGGGAUGUGAAAGACACCCUGCUGAGGGUGCGUUCCUCUGUGGGUGAGCAGUACUGCGACGAGGCCAGAAGAAUGGGUCUGAGCCUCACGCCUACCGAGGUGGAGUCUGCUUUCCGCCAGGCGUAUCGACAUUAUUCCAGCCAGUUCCCAAACUACGGCAUCGCUCGGGGCCUGGAUGGAAAGUCUUGGUGGAAGGCGGUGGUGAAGGCCACCUUCUCUCAGUGCAGAGUGCAGGACCCGGCCUUGCUUAAUACAAUGGCACUCAACCUCUACCAGAACUUCAGCAAUGCAGAGAACUGGGAGGUAUUUCCAGAUUCAAAGUCUGCUCUGGAGAGCUGCUCCUCACUAGGACUGCAACUAGGAGUGGUUUCCAACUUUGACAACCGCCUUGAAGCCAUAUUAGGUGCUUGCGGGCUGCUUUCGCACUUCAACUUUCUGGUGACAUCAGAGGCAGCAGGUGUUGAGAAGCCCCAUGCGGCCAUCUUUGAACAGGCCCUGCGCAAGUGCGCCGUACCCCCUACCAGCAUAGCUCACGUCGGGGACCAUUACGUGAACGAUUAUUUGGCAUCUCGUUCAGCCGGAAUACACGGCAUUCUUUUGGACCGAAGUAAUAACUCCGGGCGACAUGAUGUUCCUAAAGAGCAUUGGCUCUCAUCGCUCGAUGAGUUGCCAGCACGACUUAAGCAACACAUGGAUGAAUGCUCCUAAUUAUUUUGGAUUGUUUUUUUUUCCCAGUCAGAAUAUUGUGUUUGGAGUAGUAAAGCCACAUAUGGAUCAGAAUGUAAAAAACAUUUUGACUUCCCCUUCAUUUAUGGUACUCUACAAAACCAAAGGACAUGCAUACUGCAGCUAACAUGCUUUUACAAUUUAGCAGUGAGAGCGAGGCAGUUUCUUAACCCUUUGAAAAUACUCUUAUUUGAAGCCAUCUGGUCCAAGGCAGAUAGUGGUGGACUGGGAGGAUCAAACAGGGCCCAAAGAGGAAUCGCGUUGAAAAGAUCAGAAUGGCUGCGCGAUUCAACACAGAGCCUCUUAAGGGGAAACGGGAUUUACACAAGUCCAAGAUCUGAUUUAAGGAGGUCAAAAGAGAUGUGUCAGGGUUGACUCCAACAAGCCUCCACGUCGAACAUUGAAAUGUGACGACCAACGCGCUCUGCGCUUCAUGUUAAUUUGUUUUCAACCUCUAAUUUCACCUCUUGAUGUUUGGACAUUAACUCGUAUUGUAGCUCUGUUAGAAGAGCUUCUUAAUCCAAAGCUGCUUUCGAAGCUCAGCCAGACGGCUCUAAAAAGCUGCGCAGAAAUCCAAUUGUGUCAUAAUGGGAUCGUAAAAAGAGGGGGAAAGCCCAUGAGAGCAGAAAGACGGGACACACUUUGCUUUGAGGGAGCAUGCCAGCAGAAUUGUUUUUUUUUUUACUCAACAAAACAGGAAGAAAGAAGUAUUAAUGGCUGACAAGCAACUUAGUAUUAUUUUCUAACAGAAAUAUAUUU